AUGUUGGGGGAAGAUCUCGUCAUUUAUUAUAAUGACUCCAUCGACUCAGAUAACCUGGCCGCGGCYAUGGCCUUGUUCAAGGCCACGCAAUGGAAGCCCAACGUCCGCGUGAUUUGGAUUCUAGAGCCCCGUCAAGUUUGUUUUGGAUUAUCCAUGACCGUGGAUCAGAUCACCAGAUGCAAGGAAUUGAUAAAACAGCAUUUUCCAUCCGUUGAGAAUCCUUUCAAGACCCUUUUGAACGGAGAUAUCAAGCAGCAGGAUAUUGAUGAUMUCAAAGAUCUGACAGACGAUGACCGCAAGAUUCUCGAGAUGGCAGUGAAGCCCAAGUAUGGCUCAAUCGACGAUGCUACCUUGCAUGCACAACUAAGUGCACUGGACCUGGCAACUUGUCUUUCCGAGUGGUCUAAUGCUAAACCCAUCGAAGUUCUCGUGGACUACGAGACUCUGCAACACAUCGAGACUUUGCAACACAUCGAGAACCCAGUGAAUCUGCACAUGCAUCACCAUGAAGAACUUGUCAACCGGACUGAAGGUGAGCUGAAGGAUUACUACGACAUCCUGAAGAAAGUGCUACAUCCUGGCCGCCGAACCGAUAACCUGAGGGGUUGGUAUUACAAGUGUAUCGCGAAUCUCRAGCGCCGUAGAAGKCUCUCAAACAUUUCUACGGGAGGACUUGCCUUGGACAACGUUUUGAAUCGGAUCCAGAACGCGGGAAGCGUUCAUUUCUUUGGGGGUUCUUCGUUGAGAAUCYUACAACAGUUCCUCGAUAGAGGUGUAGCCAGCAAGGUCAAGUGUCACUUGCAAGUGGGUUCCUGCGACAUGUCAGCCAAUCUCUUCUCCAACCAGUUCAACAUUGCCCUCAAUCAACAAGCAGCCAAGACCGUUCUCGGCCGAUCUGCAGAAUUUGCGGAGUUCACCGUCGUGCCUUCACAUACAGCACAGAGUAUAAAAUACUCAGCCCUAGGUCUGAAGAAAUAUGGAGGCCACUGUAUCGAGAAGCGAAUUCUGGGCUUCAACUGCCACGAGGAUCCCAUCAGGAUCGUCACAAAUCAAGUUUCACUUGAGCAAAACUAUCCUGAUAAAGCUUACUCCAUGCCAGACUUGACCUCGUUUUUGUGUGCACUUGCUCCAGACCAACUGGGCCCCAAGCUAGAGUAUAUCGAGGUCGACGAACAGGAAGGCGGUACACUUCUUUUCAAAAAGUCUGACAAGGGCAUCCGUAUGCUUGGUCUGGACGACGUUCAGGAAUUCAAAGAGAAAAAGAUCGAUGAGAUUUUCAAGUCAUUAAUAGUUGGCGAAGUAAUGCUGUGA